UGAGGGGCCCCGCCCUAGCGCCGCGGGCCUGCUUCUCCGGCUCGGGCCGCCCCUGAGGACGUUGCCCCGGCGGCCGUAAGUUUGUCAAAGAUGAGAGUGACUUUAUCAACUUUGGAUGCGAGUGAGAGCCCCUUCACACCUCUGGUGGUUAUAGAACUCGCCCCGGAUGUCAAAGAAGAAACCAAAGAAUGGCUCAAAAACAAAAUCAUCGCCAAGAAGAAAGAUGGAGGUGCCCAGCUCUUAUUUAGACCAUUGUUGAAUAAGUAUGAGAAAGAAACGCUGGGAAACCAGAAUCUAUACCUUGUUGGUGCCUCCACCAUCCGGCUGCUGCUGGGGGCGGAAGCCGUGGGGCUGGUGAAGGAGUGCUCGGAUGCCGCCAUGCGGGCCUUCACCUACGGGACCCGCCACAACUUUAAAGGUUUCCAGGAUGAUAACGACGACUUCCUCACGAUGGCCGAGUGUCAGUUCAUUAUCAAACACGAGCUUGAGAACCUGAGAGCUCGCGACGAGAGGAUGAUCCCUGGCUACCCCCAGGCCAGGCUGUACCCCGGGAAGUCUCUGCUGAGGCGAUUGCUCACGUCUGGCAUCGUGACGCAGGUGUUCCCGCUGCAUGACCCUGAGGCCCUGAAGAAGCUUGAGGACGAGUGGUACACGCGGUUUGCUCUGAAGUACCAGCCCAUAGACAGCAUCCGUGGCUACUUCGGGGAGACCAUUGCGCUGUACUUCGGGUUCCUGGAGUACUUCACCUUCGCCCUGGUCCCCAUGGCGGUCAUCGGACUGCCCUACUACCUGUUCGUGUGGGAGGACUACGACAAAUACGUCGUCUUUGCCUCGUUCAACCUCAUCUGGUCCACAGUGAUCCUGGAGGUGUGGAAACGCGGCUGUGCCAGCAUGGCCUAUCGCUGGGGGACGCUGGUCAUGAAGAGGCAGUUUGAGGAGCCCCGGCCGGGUUUUCACGGGGUCCUGGGCGUCAACGCUGUCACCGGCAGGGAGGAGCCGCUGUACUCCAGCUACAGGCGGCAGCUGCGCAUCUACCUGGUGUCACUGCCCUUCGUGUGCCUCUGCCUGUACCUCUCGCUCCACGUCAUGAUGGUGUACUUUGACAUGGAGGCCUGGGCCUUGAGUGUCCACGAGCGCAGCGGGGCCGAGUGGACCGGCCUCCUGCUCUAUGUGCCCAGCAUUGUCUACGCCGUCGUGAUUGAGGUCAUGAACCGCCUCUACCGAUACGCUGCCGAGUUCCUGACGUCGUGGGAGAACCACAGACUGGAAUCUGCCUACCAGAAUCACCUCGUCCUGAAAGUGUUGGUGUUCAACUUUCUGAAUUGUUUUGCCUCGCUCUUCUACAUUGCCUUUGUCCUGAGGGACAUGAAGCUUCUGCGCCAGAGCUUGGCCACGCUGCUCAUCACCUCCCAGGUCUUGAACCAGGUUGUGGAGUCUCUGCUCCCUUACUGGCUGCAGCGGAAGCACUGUGCACAGCUCAAGAGGAAGGUGCGGGCCUUGAAGGCGGACGUGGACACAGCCUUGUACGAGCAAGUACUCCUGGAGAAGGAAAUGGGAACUUACCUGGGAACCUUUGAUGACUACUUGGAGCUGUUUCUGCAGUUUGGCUAUGUGAGCCUGUUCUCCUGUGUGUACCCACUAGCAGCUGCCUUCGCUGUGUUAAACAACUUCACCGAAGUCAACUCAGAUGCCUUGAAAAUGUGCAGGGUCUUCAAACGGCCAUUUGCAGAGCCGUCGGCCAGUAUUGGUGUGUGGCAGCUGGCCUUUGAGACCAUGAGUGUUAUAUCUGUGGUCACCAACUGUGCCCUGAUUGGAAUGUCACCACAAGUGAAUGCACUCUUUCCAGAAUCCAAGACGGACCUCGUUUUGAUUGUGGUAGCGGUGGAGACCUCCCCACCCUCAGCAGCUUCGGGGUGUUGGCUUCUUCUGUGGUCCCCGAGGUGCUGCGAUACAGACAGGUCAACCCAGAAGCUUAGCGAGAGUGGCUCGGUGACACGCUGCUGCCAAAUCCGUCCUCAGCACGCACUCCUGGCUCUCAAGUUCAUACUUGCCUUUGCCAUCCCUGAUAAGCCGCGGCACAUCCAGGUGAAACUGGCCAGGCUGGAAUUCGAGUCUUUGGAGGCGCUCAAGCAGCAGCAAAUGAAGCUGGUGGCUGAAAACCUGAAGGAGGAGUCCCAGGAAGACGGGAAGGAAGCUACCUGAGUGCUGGCCACCCCGUCCCCAGCCUGUGAGAACAGCUGCACAGGGAGGGGCAGCCGGAGUCCGGGCCAGAUGCUUGGCUGUGUGAAGUGGCCGAGACUCGGCAGGCAAUCUUACUGGCUCUGUGGGGAAGAGUCAGGGACUCUUGGUAGCUCCCUGGUGCCCCCUCAUCUGGACCCAACCACCCCUCCAACUGCCUUUGCUGCCCUUGAACUUCAACCCCAAGGCAUCACCAGCUUUUCAUACGCUGUUCACAGUAGGUGCCAGGCCCAUGAUGGAGUGUGGCUCAGGGUCUGUGCCCUCUAAACCCUUCACAGGAGCCAUGCUAAGGCUGUAGGAUGGGAGCUCCCACACCCGAAUCUCCCGGGUUGGGUUCUGUGUGGCCGUAUGUUGGCAGACACUGUGUAACUGAGCUAUUAAAGGCAGCCCCUCUGCUCUGA